AUGUUCAAUAGGAUAGCAAAUAAAACUCAGGAGGAUGGCAGCUCUCCCUACAAUUAUUUGGCCCUCCUGUUUGGUAUCCUGCUUAUUGUGGCCAUUAUGCUGGGUAAUAUUUUGGUGUGCAUCAGUGUGCUGCUUGAAAGAUCUCUGAAGACAGCAACAAAUUACUUCAUUGUCAGCCUGGCUGCAGCAGAUCUACUUCUUGCAGUUCUUGUUCUGCCACUCUACGUGUACACUGAGUUUCAUGGGGGGAUUUGGACGCUGAAUAUGUUCCUGUGUGAUGCAUUAAUGACGAUGGAUGUGAUGCUUUGCACGGCUUCCAUUCUCAACCUGUGCGCUAUUAGUGUGGACAGGUAUAUCGCCGUGAUGGUGCCCCUCAAGUACAACAGGAACCAAUUCAGCGGUCGGCAACUGGUCCUCAUCGCGGCCACCUGGCUCCUGUCCCUCGGCGUGGCUUCUCCCGUCAUCUUCGGACUCAACAACGUCCCGGACCGAGAUGUGACGGACUGUAAGCUGGAGGACGGGACCUUUGUAGUUUACUCCUCCAUCUGCUCCUUCUUCAUCCCGUGCCCGGCCAUGCUCUUCCUGUACUAUGGGAUGUUCCGUGGGCUCCGGCGCUGGGGCGAGAGCCGCAAAACCCCGCCGAGAGCCGAGGCUCGGGACCGGACGCUCUCCUUCAGGCUGACGGUCACCGCACCCAAGGGAGACGCUCGCAAGCACCUGACACCCAACGCGGGCUCGGCCACCGGCAGCGCCCGGGACAGCGAGUUGGUGACCCCGCCGCUCGACAGCACGUCGGACGUGGAGGCAGCCGAGGCGGGGAAGGGGGCGACCCCGAGGGAGAAUGGGUUCGUGGGCAGGUCGGGGGCCACAUCCCGGAGCCGACGGGUCAGCAGGCGAGAGAGGAAAGCGAUGAGAGUCCUGCCGGUUGUAGUGGGUGUGUUUCUGGCCUGCUGGACACCGUUCUUUGUGGUUCAUGUACUCAAAGUUUUGUGUGAGGCCUGUACCAUUGGCUCCACGCUGAUCAGUGUUGUCACGUGGCUGGGUUAUGUGAACAGUGCUGUCAACCCCAUUAUCUACACCGUCUUCAACACUGAGUUCAGGAAGGUUUUCCAGAAGCUGCUGCGCUGCCAGACAUGAAGAGGUGGACAUUGGA